AGAAGACGGGAAAGGUCUGCUUCCGAGUCCUCCGGCUGCCUAGUACCGGUGACUGGAAGGCGGGCAGGCCUGGGGGAGCGGGACAGCUCGGCCCGGAUGGCCGUCCGUGCCCUCCGACGGCCCGGGGCGCUGCCGCCACUCCCCGGGGGGCCCGGGCGCCCACACUCACCGACUUCUCUCCCCCGCAGGAGCGCUCCCCGCCACGCCCGGCCCCGCAGCCUCCGACCAUGCGGCUCCUCGGCAAACUCCGCCCCGCCCCCGCGGAGCCCGCUUGCUCCAACGUGCUCACCCCGGCGCGCAUCCCCGAGUUCUGCAUCCCGCCGCGGCUGCUCCCGCCCUGCGCGCCCGAGUCUCCGCCUCCCGCCGCCGCCCUGCCCCGGCGCUGCGCCGCGGAGCCCGACCUGUGGCCGCGGGGAGCCGACGCUGCGGCCGGACACACGGACUGGGACCCGCGCUCGCAGGCCGCGCUCUCGCUGCCGCACCUGCCCCGCGGGCGCACCGCCUACGGCUUCUGCGCGCUGCUCGAGAGUCCGCACACGCGCCGCAAGGAGUCGCUCUUCCUCGGCGGCCCCGGCGCCGCCCCGCCCCCGCCCCCGCCGCCGCCCCCGCCCCCGCCCCCGCCCCCGGGCGCAGCCCCGGCCGCCGCCGCCCCCGCGCUCCCCGCCCGCCCCCGCCCGGCGCCGCGCGCGCCCGCCCCGCCGGCCCGCGCCCGCCGCCUCCUGCGCGCCCCCGAAGGGCUGCUGAGCCGCGCGCUGCGAGCCCGGGGGAGCCGCGGCCUGGCCCGCGCCCGCUCCGCGUGCGGCGGGGACCGGGACGGCCGCGGGGACGAGCCGCCCGCCGGGACCCGGGCUCCCUCCCCCUCCCCCUCCCCCUCCCCGCCGCCGCCCGGCCCCGGCCCCGACCCGCGGCCCGAGCGCCUGGAGGCCGAGGGCACCGUGGCCCUGGGCCGCGCCGGGGGCGCCCUGCGCCUGGCCGCCGAGUACAGUCGGGCCAGCGGGCGGCUCCGCGUGCGGCUGCUCGGCGCCGAGGGCCGGGCCGCGGGGGCCGCGGGGGCCGCCGAGGCCGCCGAGCCCCGCGCCGUCGGCUGCCGCGUGAGCUUCGUGCUGCGGCCGCCGGGCCAGACGCGCCCGCAGCGCAGCGCCGUGGUCCGGCCGAGCCGCGCGGCCGCCUCGGAGCAGGACGUGUGGCUGGACGGGCUGUCGGAGGAGCAGCUGCGCCGCCUGGCCGUGCGCGUCCAGGCGGAGGAGCGGGGCCGCGGCCGCGAGCGGGGCCGCCUGCGGGGCCAGGGCGAGCUGCUGCUGGGCGCCCUGCUGCUCCCCGCGGGGCCCGGCCUCCGACCGCCGCCGCGCGCGACAUAGCUGCUAUUUAUUCAUUUUUCUAUUUGAAAGCAUUUUUUUCUAUGGGAAGCAUUUUUCUAUUGCUUUAUUGACGUCUCAGUCUUUAGGUGUCUGUUUUUGUCGUUGUUUGUUGGUAGUGAAGGAAAAGAAAGUUCUUCUCUGUUCACAGAAUCCAAUCCAUGUUGGGAUUUUUCCAGACCAUGUUUACAUUCAAAGGCAAAAAAGUAUCGGCGUGUGGCUGGAAGGGAGCAAAAGGAACUACGCCCUGUCUGCCCUGAUUAUCCUCCCUGCUUUAUGUCAAGGCUAAAAGUUGGUUAUUUUUUAAAGUGGUUCCUUCAGAAUCCUGCCCGAUGCUGGGAUUCACAUUAGCAGCUGCGCGUGAUGCCCGUGGCAUAGGUUCACGUCCUGUCCUCACUGACGCAUGCACAUCAGAGCCAGACGUUCUGUAGUAAGGAUACCUUGGUAGGAAAAGAAUUUCUUUCUCAUUAAGAAAACCGGUUUCUUUUGAAAGUGAAAUCUUAAAAAAAAAAAAAAUGCUAAGGAAAAGAAAAAGGAAGCAAAGGAUCUUUCAAAGGAUGGUCAUGGGGGGAGUAGAUAUUCCUAGCAUCCCCUUCUUCCUUCUCCAGAAGGGGCCCUGGGAAAAUCUUGCUGUUUGAGAAAUCUUUUCUGCCUCUGUAAACGUUUGAUAAUUUUGUGGUAUUAUCUCCACCUAUUUAUGUAUUAUGUAAGUUACAUAGUAAUUAAAGCCUCUGUGAUAGGGUUUCCUAGAUGAAUUGAAAUGUAAACCAUCAACUUUUUGAGCACUGGAUUUAAAGAAAGGGUUUCUUAAUCCAAUUUAUUUUCAUUUGUCGAUUCAACAAAUAGACCUGAGUCCACUGGAAAAUGAUUGUAUCCCGGAGGGUAUGCCCUCCACUGUAGGCCUCUUUGGUGUGGUGGAAAGCACAAUGCAAGGCUGGAGGGGGAUAUAGAUUCCAGUCUUUCUUUGGUCACUUGCCAGUUGUGUGAACUGGGGCAGAUUGGUUCACGUCCCUGAACCCCAUUUUACAUCAGUGAAAUAAGGGUGUUAUACCGGCUUCACAGGAUUUUGUAAAAAUACAAUUUUAUAUCCAAAUGACCCUUAAAUACAUGUGAAAUGUGUUAAGCAUACCUGAAAAGACUUGAACUGUAUUGGUGAAUACAUAAUGUUCCAGAAAAUGAUCUCCUGUACUUAUUUUUUUUCUUUCCAAUUGUUUCUCCCUGGUCCUGGAGUGGAGCCUAGCAGAAUGGAUAGCUACCUGAUAUGGAAGAUUUAUGGGAGCCAGGAGUGGGAAUAUAGAACCCUUCAGGAUUCCUGUGAGAGAGAGUACAAGCUGAGGGAGUGACAGACAGAGGGAGAGGGAGAAGCA